UUGGCAGGCGCAGAAGUAAAACGUAAACAAAUGCCUCGCUAAGCUAGUAGCAUGAUGAGAUCUCACCAACAUGUCGUUAAAGUCGAAGAGGAAGUGAGUGACAGUGGACGUGGUUGUAUUUGACAUUAAGCUUUAUUGAAGCAGCGGUGAAAUCCAGAGGUUUUGAGUGAGUGGUGCCAGCGUCUCUUUUGCCACGUAUGUCCACCGACACGGACAUAACGUCCGUGUCGAUGGAGCAGAGUCAGACCUCUCCAAUAAAGGACCGUAGUGACUGGCUGCUGGACAGCGCUGUGGGAAGAUGGCUGGCUUCAAAACAAUUUGUCUUCUCAAACCUCACUUUGCUGAAAGUGCUGCUGUGGCUGGUGCUGCUCGGCCUGUUUGUUGAACUAGAGUUUGGCCUGCCCUUCUUUGUCAUCUCCCUCUUCUACUGGCUCUAUCAGGGACUCCGUAGCCCAGCUGCCCGCGAGCCUGGAGAACUGAGCGCUUAUUCUGUCUUCAAUCCAGACUGUCAGCCUCUGCUGGGCGCUCUCACUGCAGAGCAGCUGGACAGCGAGAUGGGUUACAGACACUUGUUAUUUGCACAUUUAUAUUAAAUAAUCACAUUUCUUUUGUCCUUACAAAAAUGUUAUUUUUCUCAGGAAUAUACAGGGACUUACAGUGAUGAUAUUCAUUAAUAAUUUUGUAUUACUAAUUAAAUCAAGAUUAGUCUGCUUCCAGGUUUAUUCAUGUUUCUGUUCCUUAAAGCAGUUUAAUAGUGGCUUCACUUCAGGUCGUGAAAGAGGGCUAUGCCACAUCAAAUAUCUAACACUCGGUGCACAAGUUUUAAUUGUUUUAAUUUAUAGUAAUGUGGGAAUGGUAGUGAGUGAACAGGGGAGAAACAGUGGCUCAUCCUAAGUCAUAUGUGCUAAAAGACUAAAGGGCAAGCUGUUUUGAAAUUUAUAUGGAAACAAAUGCUUCUUACUUCAAAUAAAUGGCUUUUCAAGUUUAAUAAAAUAUUCUGAUGUAUCAAGCUGUGUUGCAUGUGGUCUCUAGGCCUU